ACCUUUAUCACGCGACAUUGUCAACAUUAGCAGCUGUCGCUAGCUUACUUGAGCGUUUCAUCGGUUUGUUGCGUUUUAACUAUUAGUGAUAUGGAUUUUAACGUGAAAAAGCUAGCCUCCGGUGCUGGACUGUUUUUCACCAGAGCUGUUCAGUACACCGAGGAGAAGCUGGGCCAGGCCGAGAAGACCGAACUAGAUGCCCACCUCGAGAACCUGAUGAGCCGCGCAGACUGCACCAAAAAUUGGACGGAGAAGAUUUAUAGGCAGACUGAGGUCCUGCUGCAGCCCAACCCAAUUGAUCACACUGGUGCCAGAAUUGAAGAAUUUCUGUAUGAGAAGUUUGACAUGAAGGCGCCAUCCAGAGUCACAAACGCAGAGCUGCUGGGCCUGUACAUGGAGGGUGCAGCUCAGGAGUUUGGUGCUGCAACUCCAUAUGGUAGCACUUUGUUGAAGGUGGGGGAGUGUGAGAAAAGAUUGGGGGCAGUAGAGAAAGAAUUCAUCCAGACGUCAGCCAUCAGCCUUCUCACUCCCCUCAGGAACUUUCUAGAAGGAGACUGGAGGACGAUUUCAAAAGAGCGUCGCCUGUUGGAGAACCUGCGGCUGGACCUGGAUGCAUGUAAAGCGCGUCUGAAGAAGGCAAAGUUGGCUGAGGCGAAGACUGCGUGUGAGGGCGACGUAGCUCCAGAUCUGAACGAAACCAGACCUCGUAACUACGUGCUUUCUGCCAGCGCCUCAGCGCUGUGGACGGAGGAAGUGGAGAAGGCUGAACAGGAUCUGAGACUGGCCCAGACCGAGUUUGACCGGCAAGCAGAGGUUACACGACUACUGUUGGAAGGGAUCAGCAGUACACACAUAAACCACCUGCGGUGCCUGCAUGAGUUCGUGGAGGCUCAGGCUGCCUAUUACAAACAUUGUCAUCUCCAUAUGCAGGAGCUGCAGAGGGAUCUGGGCAGACUUCCCGAUGCAUUUGCACUGAACUCCCUUCACUCCGUGGUGACACCAGGCUCUGCAGCAGAAGACAUCGGCAGCCCGCUGGAGGCAGAACCACUGAAGAUUGAAGAAGUUCAGGCACCGGCGACAGGAACCCGCAAAGCCAAGGUUCUAUAUGACUACGAUGCAGCUGAUUCGAGUGAGCUCUCCCUGCUGGCUGACGAGCUGAUCACCGUUUACACCGUACCGGGAAUGGACUCAGACUGGCUGGUUGGAGAGAGAGGAAACCAGAAGGGGAAAGUGCCUGUGACGUACCUGGAGCUUCUCAGUUAGAGACAACCAACUGCAUGUGCAUGAGCUGACACCAGCUGGAGAACUUUCUCUGAAACACUAACAGGAACCAUUAUCAGCAGCUGGAUUUUCCACAUUUGUUUCCGGCAAACAGGGAGAGGAGCAGUGACAGGAAGACCAGGAUCACAUUCCUUUUACACCACUUAAGUUAUUUCUGCUCAUGUUGUCACAUAUGUUGCCUUUUGUCUCAGAUGUUAGGGUUCAUUCAUUUAUUUAUUUAUUUUCAUGUUUUUAUUAUUUGGAAUUUGUCUCCAAAACUAUGUUGCCAGAACAGAACCAUGUCUCUGAUUUUAAUCCUGCUGCAAAUGUGAGCUUGUAUUUUUGUGUCUGAAUAAAGGGACAUCUGGAGAGCUUA